GAUUUUGAAUCAAACAAUGGUUUAGCGAUCAAUUUAUAGACAGAUUGUUGUAUUAUAUAUCGAAUAAACAGAUGGUUUAUCUAUGUAAAAAAGGAUUCGUAAAUAUAUUGCCACUAGGAUUAGUGAACGGUAAAUUUUAGGCGUUUGACAAUAAGUAUGGCAUUCUGAUUUUGAACACCAACAUUCAAUGAUCACACAAAUGAAUAAGUUUUUAUUUGAAGCGAUUUUCAUUCUAACGAUUUUAUUCUCACCGUUAGAAUCAAAAGAACUCGAUAAUGAUGAUGGCAUCGAACGAAUUGAUAAUCAAGGCUGGGAUAUUCUCACCAAUGAAUGGCCACCAGCACCAUCAUCAUCAGAGAAUAAUUUCUACUUCCAAGAUAAUCACAUUGAACAACUAAUUAAUCUGAGAAAAAUUCGAUUACGUAUCAAUGAAUCGAUGAUCGAUAAUAAAAUGAUUAAUUCGACCAACUGUAUAAUAAGUUUCAAGCUUUGGUUUUUCGAAAAAAAUGUCCAGCCUCCUGUCAAAAUUCCAAUGGCUCGUAACGUCGAAUUACACGAUUUGUAUCUCACAUUACCGUAUGGCCGUAUCGAUUUAAGAACAAUAUUAAGUAAUUAUACAAAACGAUGGAAUCCGUUACGAUAUCGAUUAGAUUGUGGAAAUAUAUCCAAAUUUCAAAUCGAAUACUAUUCAGGAUUCUAUUUUCUGGCAUUCAAAGAUUUCCAAAUUAUUUCUUCAGAAAAACAGCCACCAACCGAACGAAUACUAUAUCCAAAUUCUACUUAUAUUAUAACAAAUCUCACCCAAUCACCAACUAAUGUCUGUCUAUCGAUCAGUCACAAUGUAGUCUUCAAUACUACAAUCCGGAUUUCCUAUCUUUUGCAACCAAUUUUCUCAAUCCAUCAAAAGAACAUUAACUCCCUUGCUAAGUAUCGCAUACCAAUCACUAUUUUGAAUUUGGACUCAUUCAAAACUACCAGUCAUAUAUGCCUACAAGAAUUUAUCAAUUUUUCCAGUCGAAAUUACACCAUUCUUCUCGAGUCUACUAUCGAUAAAGAUGAAUUAAAAGUCGAAACCCAGAACGUUUCACGGUCGACAACGCCUAUCUACUUUUUAAGAUCAUUUGAUCGAUUAAUCAAUCGUUGGCCUUUGGAUUGGUUUCACUCAUAUGAUGAUUAUGGAACAUUUGAUUUCAAUGGUGAUGCUAUCCACUUUAAUCUGGAUUGUCGAUUCUCCAACAACGAUGAAUUGAUGACAUGGCGUAUAUCAUCGCGUUGGAUUCAAUUCAAUGAUUUCAAUUUCAAUUCAACACGAAUAUUUGAAUAUUCCUAUGACAGCGAUAAUAAUACCCAUAUUACUGCACAAAUCUGUACACAGCUUGGUCAUUGUUCGGAUGUUUCUGUUCGAUCAAUUCAGUUGAAUCUUAAUUCAAAAAUCGUUCAUUUCAAAUGGUCAAACGUCCACAAACACAGCUGUUUCGUUUGGAGUUUAUAAUUGAAAACUAUAGAUCUUAUUGUCAUCAUCAUCAUCACGUUUGGAAGGAUCAUUGCGAUUGAAUCAUGGAUUUGGUGAUCCUUGCCAAACAGAAUUAUUCAAAUGUCAAAAUAAUG